CCUCUCAGCAGCAUCAGCUAGCUUCUUCUAUUUUUUUUUUCUUGCUUCCGAGUUAUGAUCUGUUUGGUUCUUCGUCUUCGAUUUGCAGCAACAAUCUUCCAUGGAUAGGCAGAAACAACAGCUCUUCGACACCAUAGCUAGCUCCAACUACUUCCUCUUCGGUUUCUACUGCUGGGAUUGGGAAUUCCUCACCGCUCUCCUCCUCUUUAGUUGCUCCAUCUGAACAAUCCAACCUCUCCACCCUAGCUGAUUUUGAUUCCAGUCUCCCACAAUUUCAAUUUCUUUUAGCUAGCUCUCUCUCAGAUUACCAGUACAGGAACCAAAAACAGAGUUCCGCCUCUUUCCUUUUUCUUUGUAUAGAUUUGACUUUGUUCACAGAGUUUUCCCCAAAAAUUUCCGGGGGGAUCUUGGUGAGGGUGGGGGGGAAAAAAAUGGCGCAGAGAUCGGUGCCGGCGCCGUUUCUGACGAAGACGUACCAGCUGGUCGACGAUCCGGCGACCGACGAUGUGAUUUCGUGGAGCGAGACAGGGGCGACGUUCGUGGUGUGGAAGACGGCCGAUUUCGCCAAGGAUUUGCUGCCUAACUACUUUAAGCACAACAAUUUCUCCAGCUUCGUCCGCCAGCUCAAUACUUACGGGUUUCGGAAAAUCGUGCCGGACAAAUGGGAAUUCGCCAACGACAACUUCCAGCGCGGCCGCAAGGAGCUCCUCUCCCAGAUCCGCCGCCGCAAAUCCGUCACUCCGACGAAAACGGGCGGCGCCGACGGAGAGGGGAAUAGCAACAACGACGGCGACGACGACAACAACAACAACCACUCCGGCGACGACAUGGGUUCCAGCUCGACUUCGUCCCCCGAUUCGAAAAAUCCGGGCUCGACGGUGGAUACAGCGGCGGCGGCGGCGGCGACGACGACGCAGUACGCGGACUUGUCCGGCGAGAACGAGAAGCUGAAGAAGGACAACGAGCUGCUGAGCUCGGAGCUCGCUCAGGCGAAGAAGCAGUGCGACGAGCUGAUUUCUUUCCUGACGGAUUACGUCAAGGUCGGGCCGGAUCAGAUCCACCGCAUCAUGCGCCAAGGUGAAGCCUGCUCCUGGUCCAGCAGCGAUGAGGCUGCGCUGGCCGCCGGCGGUGCGGCGGCGGACGGCGGGCGCCGACGAGGUGAUGAUGACGAAAAUGAGAAAUCGGAGGAAUACGGGGAUAACGACGGCGGAGGCGAGGAGGAAGACAGCGGCGGUAGCGGUCUGAAGCUCUUCGGGGUGCUGCUGAAAUGCAAUGCUGGGAAUAAGAAGAAGAGGGGGCGCUCCGGCGCAGAAAUUGGGUUCGGCGGUGCCGGUCCUCACGCCAAGGAAAUCAAGAUCUGCCACUGAAAGGAAGAUUUGGGUGAAGUGAACGAAUCUGGGCUGGGUGUCCACGGUAGAUUUGGGUGGGCCUGGCCCAUACAGGAUUCGUAGUAUUCGGAUAAAAGUAAAACUAGGUAGGACAAGAAAAAAAGAAAAAUGACGUGA